AUGGCGGCUGGUCCAUAUUGCUCCCUUUGUGGGGGCUGCCUUCAGGAUGCUGCCUCGCCUGGUGUACAGUCUUCCCGCUGGACUACCUUCGUCCGCUCAGUCCGAGGACUGAACGGGGUCGGUGGUGGCGGAAGAUCGAGCAUUACGGGCGUUGGGCGUAUUAUGGGAAUGAUGGUCGUGGCUCCUGAAGGUGAUCAGGCAGAUCUCGCCGACGAAGGGUCCAGAAAUAUCGGCGCGUCGGUUCCAAUAUUCAACGCUUUAAAUGGCCGCCUGGGGAUCUUUCAUUGCCAUGAGACCUGCUGGCAACUGCUCUUACUUCAGAUUGCGGGCAUCAGCCAGCAUCCGCCAGACCCGGUGAGAACUGGCGCUCUGCUCUUCGAUAUCUUCGAUUCAACCCCAUGGGGAAGAGACGGUGACCUUAUACCCGAGAGCAACUACCGUGGGGCUAUUAGUAUGCGUCGGAGCGAGGAAGGUUGUCGACUCUUGAAUGCUGAUCCCGGCAAGCCAUUCCUACCCAGAAACAAUUCAAUUAUCAGUCUCGAAAAAUAUGGUCUAGCCGUGGCCAGCAAUUCCAGAGUUAGACCGUCGGGGCGGCUAUCCCAUACUGACCCCUUCUUCAAGCUUCCGGGCGAAAUAAUACAUCACAUUACAUUACAUUUGCCGUCAGAAGACCUGCCCUCAGCGAGACUGGCCUCACGGCGACUAGGAAUUCUGUGUGCCACUGGCAGUCUUCCUCAGUCCUUUUGGGCUUCUCGUUUCGCUCACAAUCGCGAGAUGGGUUGCCUAUACGGUGCUAAAAUACCUCCUUGGGUCACCCAAGAUUGGUUUCAAGCUUAUUUUUGCUGCAAUUGGAGUGUGGCCGGCGCAGAUGCUCUUGGUAAUCGCCGUCGGAUUUGGCGCUGCCUGUCAGACCUGUCCGACAUUCUUGGUCUACUGCUUAAUUCUGGAGGCGACAAACAGCUGGACAUGAGGACUCUCUCGCAAAAUCAGAGUUUCACUCACCGAGUCUCAUCCCCUGAGCUUCCUCGCCGAUCAAUGAGAGACAACCUGGAGAAGACUAUCCAUCUUGGAGUCAGGCUCCAAAAUGAACACAAUGUCUUCCUUCAUGAGAAAGGAGACGAUAGUCGUGUACAAAUUGAGUUUUCCUCUAUCGUGCUUUCUUCUGCCGAAUAUAUUUCUGGAUAUCGGGUUUCCGUCCAGCACCCAGACGGUCGACCAAGAGAUGUGCAGACGGCGGGUGUGAUCAUCGCUUCAACCAUGCCAUCUUUCGUUCUUGACCCUGGAGAUAAAAUAUCAUAUGUCGACGUCUACAUUUCUACUUCCGGGAUUCACUGUCUGAAAUUUUUCAUCGCCAAACCCGAUGGCGAAACCUGCAUCCACAGUGUAGGGAAACCUAGAUGUCGACACGACAUAAUCGCCGUUAAACGUCUUACCCCCGAGUCAACAGUAGUUGGGUUCAAAUUCGGCUUUGCUAUGUAUAAAGCAGUCGCGAUACAGCUCAUUGAGGAUACCAAGCAAAACUUGGAGUUAAGCCCAGUAGCUCUGUGGAAUGCAACACUUCCGCCUGCUGGAAAUGAGGACUUGACGGCAUUGCCUAUUCCAACACCACACGAACGUGCCAUGUUUCCCGUUAAUUUAUACAUGCCAUUCGGCGGUGCUGACGGCUCGAGGCUUUCAUCUCUUCGUAGCAUUACUGCUUUUGUGCAUGGAACGGCUGGCAUUUACGGCCUCCGCUUUACUUACUCAAAAGGAGAACCCGUGAUGUACGGGAAUCAAGAAUUCAUGGAGCCUGAGGGGGGACUGAUCAGCUGCGUUGAGCAAACCCUCUUGGUCGAUGGAGAGAACGGAGAGCGUGUUGUGCAGUUUGCCCCAGGCGGCAAGCUAGGACGUCAAAACUUAGUUGAAAACAUUGUGGCCCACACCAAUUUUAAGCAUCACUACGUCUUUGGGCCCUUUGAUGGUUCUGAGCUCAAGUGCGACGAAGUGCUCCCAUCAGAGCAAAGUGCCAUAUUCGCUGUGGUGGCCUCAGUUUCUGCUCCUGACUGGAAAUUUCAAAGCCUCCAGAGUCAAAAAUUCCGAGCGCCCUGUUCACCUCUCCCCUAUCGUUCAGCUGCUCACUUGAGCUCUCUUCAGCAUGCAGGGCCGGCGCCAGCUCUCGCGCCUUGGAUGAACCAAGGAGAGGGGUCGUGCCUCACGACAGCAUCCCUCGAAUGGGCUCGCCGUAUACGAAUAUCGGGGGGCACAGAUGGGAGUUGCCGCUCAAGAAACCACAUCUCCGGUCUGUGGAUCGAGUAUUACAAGGACCGGCGAGAUGUGGUUAUUGGCCAGUGGAUCAAAGAGACUGCCUGCGUCAGCCUUCAACCCAAUGAGCGAAUCGUCGACGUUACUAUUUGGUCCACAAUGGAUGUUAAGCUCCCAUUCCCCAUGCUGGAAUUGGGGAAGAUCUCGGGCAUCGAAUUCGGCUUUGCCACCCGUCGAAACAGAUUUAAGCUGAGGCAAAUGUCCCCCGAAUUGGGUGACCAGACUUGCGUGCGAUAUGUCGCCACGCCAUUCGAGGAUAUUACCUCUAUCACAUGGGCGUUCAAUUCGCGCAUGGAUGAUGUCCAGGUGCGCCUCAAGCCGAACCGGUUACUGGCACAGAAAACACUCGCCUUCGGCCACGCAGAGAAGAAGCCAAGGCCCGUCGAUCUAUCUGACGGUCAAAGCCGAUCAUUUUUCGAAUAUGGGGGCUCACAUUUCAUCCUCGAUUUCAUGCGACCCCGCGAGCUCUCGAUGAGAUACCACUUCCCUCGUAACACAUACUUCUUUGAGUCCAUGUAUGGACGUAGAUUGACAAGAAUUGAGAUCUCCCCCGACGCAGAUGAUAACAUUGCCGGACUCGCCUUUCACUACAAUGAUCACAGGGUUGUUGAGCAGGGCACUUGCAACGAUCGCAGUGUUUCCCUUCAUCUGGAUCACGAAAAGAACGAGAAGAUCUCACUGCUCAUGGUCUACGAGGAAGCAGAGAGAAAGAAAGGCCUCGAGUUUCGAUCCAAUCUAGGUCAGGCCAUCAGAAUCGUGCCUGAGAACAAGCACUUUCACUCUCUCACGGUUUUCUCCCUUGAUCCCGCCGCCCAGGCUCCAAAUAUACACUCUUUCCCCUCUUUCAAGCCGAGUGUGGACAAAGUUACCAUCCACGAGUUUCCUGCUGUCGGUGGCAACCAGGAGCCGAUCGAAAGCUGCGUUGGGAUAUGGACGGUAUCUGAACAUACACGUGACGACCUGGGACUUGAGUUUGAUGACAUUGGACCAAUUUUCAUCAGCCGGAGCAAUGGAGGUACUCGGCUGUUCCCUUGA